AUGCAUGCUCGCGACGCCACAGGCCGUCAGGUCUCCCUGCUCAAUGACGACCCAUCCGCCAGUCCAUCCUACCACCACUCGCCAAGCCAAUACCGAUCUGGAGGCGACCAGUCACCCUUACCUCCCACUCCGGAGCUCCUCCGUUCCAACUCCUACGACUCUAACACCAGUAACGAUGCCAUAAUCCCAUUGACACCGGGUAUCUUUGACUAUGCGUCGCGGCCUCUGUUCGAGGAGUAUUCCUCUGACAAGCAGGCUACUGUGAAGCGCCCAGCCUAUGUCGGGAAGAGUCGCUCAAAUUCAUAUGAGGACGACAGCUGCAGCGGCUCUGGCUCUGGCUCUGGCUCGCAUGACAAGCCAGGCAAGCGGUACCCUUGUCGGUAUCGUGAUACUCACGGCUGCGAGAAAACAUUCACCACAUCUGGCCAUGCGUCGCGUCAUUCCAAAAUCCACACUGCCGAGAAGGCGGUUCAGUGCACGUACCCCGCCUGCCACAAGAAAUUCACCCGGGCAGACAACAUGAAGCAGCAUCUCGAGACCCACUUCAAGGACAAGUCGAGAUCCUCAGGGUGUUCCAAACCCAAGAGCUCCUCACUAUCUUCCUCGAAACGCCGUUCUGUCUCUCCAAAAUCAUCUUCGUCUCCGCAAAGCCAUCAAACAUCUGUCGAUGUGGAAAUGUGGGAUGCUGAUCAGUUUGGCUCCGAAACCCCGCUGCCAUCGCCUGGUCAUGCGUGGGAUAUGCGAGGCUUCAAUCUUCCUUUCAUGAGCCGUCCGAAUGCUAUGAGGACAAGCAGCGGUCUGGACGCUUUGGCUAUGAUCGCGUGCCAGGAAGGUGCCUGA